GGCCAUCCCUACCAAGCCCAAGCUGCGCCCGCCCGAGCCUGGAAACCGUUGGCCGAAGUUUGCCCUCAGCCCCUACGUCGACGACGUGGGCAGCCCUUUCUACACUAAGGGCGAGGAUGAGACCAAAUUCCUCAAGCCUGCUUCUAUUGCGGCCACCCGCUCACCUCUCAACUCUGAAUGGUGCGUGCGUCCAGGCGUAGCCUUGUCGGAGGCGUCUGGCGUGGCAGAAGCUGGCGGCCAGCUCUUCAAGGACUACUUCUCUUCAGCUGCGCUCCUCAGCGAAAAUUAUGAUGCCCUCGGAUUCAAGGUGGUUGCAGAAGCACUUGAGAGCGCCAACGGCAAGCAGUACCUGCGCAGCUGCGCCCGGCUCAAUCGCAAGAACCAGGCAGAGCACACACAGGAAAGUUUGGAGACAGACAUAAAGGCCUGGUUCGGUUUUCUCUCCGAGGACACAGAGGUCAAAGCCCGUGCCACUCGGAAAAUCGCCAUGCUGGCUGGGCGACUCUAUCUUUUCAGCAUGGAUUUUCUCGAACAGCUCGCCUUCGUCCAGGACACGGAAGCCUUUGGCAAGGCUAUGAGGACUCUGGACCUGGAGGACACGCCCACUGCACUGCAGGCCUGGCUCAAGGAUCCCACUGCGGAGAAGAAAAUCUUAAAGAUGCUCAUGGCCUCCUACCAGACGCAGGUCAUGCCCAAGCGGAAGAAGACCGCCAAGCGCCCAUUGACUGCUGACGACAGCAAGCCCAGUCCCAAGAAAAGCUGCUCCUCGGAUUCUUCCAAGGCCACGAAGAAAAAAAAGAAAAGCAAGCAGGCCAAGAAGGUAAAGAAGUCGUCCAAGAAGAAGAAAUCCAGCAGCAGCGCUGCUUCCUCCUCCUCUGAAAGGCGCGUCCGCGAGCGGCCGCCCAAGAAAGGCAAGUUGGAGCCACUUGCUGCCGAGUCUGACGACGAUGAUGACCUGACUGCUGAGCAAGCUGUGGCCCUGCAGGAAUGGCAACUCUCCGAAGUCCAGUCCCUUCAGCAGGACUGGCAGGAGUUCGGCAAGGCAAAGGCACCCAACGUCCCCAAGCUUUCCAAGUUGCUCGCUGCCGUGCCUGCGCCCGUGCUCAAGUCCUUUGAUCUUGUUGUCAAGCUGCCCUUCAAGAAGCUGCCAUCCAACUGGCCCAAAAUCGCGGAACGCCUUGAGUACAUCAUCACGACCGCCGUCUCUUUCUGGGAGGCGCAGCAGGCCGCUGCCGCGGAGGCCCAGGCCAAGUCCGUCACACAACAAAUGUUUGCAGCCGGGCUCUGCAAGCGCGCCCACUUCUGCGUGCUAGCUGCCAUGCCCUCCCGCUGCCGCGGCGCGUCGCAGCCCUGCCGCUUUAAUGUGAAGCAGCCCGGGCAGCCGGCGCUGGUCUCCGGACGGCCGCGCUGUACUUUUUGCGAUCUCGAGCGCCUGGAGCACGACCUGGCUACGCGAAAGUCCCGCAUCACCACUGCUCUUGCCGCUUUUCUGCAGCACGACGAGGACGUUUUCGACGCUGCACUGUGUGCCCUCGGCGAGGUCACACCGACCACACCGACCUUGGAGGCGCAGACUCGCCAGCAUCUUCUUCUACAACAGGAUUGGACCGCUGCACUGGCGAAGCGCCAGCGGCUGCGUGCGCCAGCUGACCCGAACGAGGCCAAGCAGUACGAAGACCGACAGGCAGCCGAUCGUCGGCGUGUUCGCCGCAAGUUCUUCCCCGAGCAGGACCGUCAAAUACUUCACAGCGGGCAUUUCUGGCGGAACCCAUUGACAGCAGACCUCGCAGCCCGCGUGUCCGACCAGGCUCCCAACGACACCGGCCUGCCGGCUGCACAUGUGUCGCCGGUUGCCAGCAAUGUUGAAGCCUGGUGCAAGGAGGGGUCCUGGUCCAUGUGUUUGACUUGUUCUUCGCUCCAUCCACGACCUCUCAAAGAACCCGACGCUUCCCGGUUGCCGCGACCGUGCACGCGCUCCUGCCGGAACUGCGAAGGCGCGUCUCGCCACUGGAUCCCUUGCGUGGCUGACGUGCCCUUGCCUCUGCGGGGCUUGUCUGACUGCGUCGUACAGGCUUUACGUCCACUUGAUGUCGACUGCGGCCCGUACCAACGCAAUGAUUAUGGCUAUCGGAUCCAUACGGCCCUCAUCCGCUUCCGCUGGAGUCUCACAUCCGUCGACCAGAAGAUUUCAGCCUUGCCUACACGCCAACUGCGCAAGCAGGCUCGGAAGGCGCGACACUUUCUGCUGCAGCACACUGUCUCAGAGUAUGCUACUUUUGCACAAAAACACGAUGACUUUCUACAGCGGGCAGCCACCGAUCCGGACCUAGAUCCGAAACUCCCGCUUCACUUUCUGGAGGAGCCCGGCCUGGAAUGCGCUGUUUGGCCAGACCUGUACUUUCACGCGGAUCUGUGCGAGACCGUCGAGCGGGCCACGGACAUCCGCCGCUUGGCGAGAGCUGGCCCUCAGCCUGAUCCCAUCCUGGAUGAGGGUUCUGAGCUGGAGGAGGCCGAAGAGCCUGCACGGCACAGCGUUCGCCGCUCCUUCCUGCGUAAAGUCUUGGGCCCCAUCCUGGACUACUCCAUGGACUACGAGCUCCUGCAGUUUGUCUUCGAUCUAAGCAUGUGGUCCGACAUUGGCAGCAAGCGCCAUGCUCUGCAGCACAUGCCCCUGCGCCUCGCCUUGAAGCAGCAGCCGUGGACGCCUGCGUACUGGGCGCAGAGGCACGCAGCACUGCUGGACCUACAGCGACAGUGCGGGCCGCCGGUUCUCUUCAAAACGUGGGCCCCGUAUGAAUGGUCUGCGCCUUAUCAUCGGUGGAUCCUCGAUGCUCUGCAGAAAGGUCACCGAUCCAGGCAGCACCUGGCAGGGCCCGAGACGCUGCAUUUGACGCAUAUCAUGACGGAAAUGUUUCGCGAAUGGGUGCACGGUGGUGCAGUGAGGCACGGCCCAUCCUCCAAACGGUGGUCUACGUCCACGCUGCGCACAUCCCCAGCGACCUCUACCUCCAUUCUCAACUUCGCGGCCCGCGUCGAGUUCCAAGAUGGAAAGCGCAAGCUCCCGUCUCAAGCCUAUCACGGUCGUGAGACGCCGCAUCUGCACGGUCUCACUUUCGCUGACAGUCUGCAGGGUCUCCCUCUGGAUACGCGCCUACGCGCUGAUGCACCUGCUGAGGGACACCCGCUUCGCGGCUACGUUCUGGAUGGCCAGACAGGGCGGACAGGCAGCGGAUGGCCCGUGCACGCAGGCCCUACAACUAUGACGCCAGACGGUCACUUCCAGCUGCACCACACAGAGCUUGACUCCGACAUGGGCAUUCGGGCCUACGACAGUGAGGAGCUGGACGUCAUGAAGUUCCACCAGGACAACGUGGUCCCCAACGAGCACUUGUCCGGGCGAGGCCUCCUCCUGCGCUACGUAGCCACGUACCUCUCCAAAUUCAGCAACUCCUUUCUCGCAGAGUACUUGGACGACACCUCCAGCAGCGGCUACAGCAUUGCCUUCCGCAUCCUCGCUACGUACCAUCCUGGCGAGCCGGAGAUGUGGCUGGCGCUGGCCGCGCAGCGUGCAAUUCUCCAUUGGCUCCGGCGACACCAUCUAGCGUCAAAGAAUGACCUCUCCCUGGAAAUGUUCGCCCGCCAGUACAAAACCACGGGAGAGAAAAUCAUCGCCGCCGAAACGGUCCGAGUCUCCAACGACAAGUUCUUUGGCCAAUGGCUAGCCAUGAACGUGCCUUUUCGCGACUUGCAUAGUUUCUUGCAGCCCCACCUCGUGGCCAAGGUGCCCGACAGAUACCUGCAUCACGCCUGCGCAUUGCAGCACGCGCCCCGCUUGUGGACAUCGGAUGACAGCAUUCGGGACUUGCUGCAGCUUGAAGCCUACGGCGACUCCUACAUCCAGAACGCCUGCUCCAUGCUACAGGCGCAGCGAGCCCUGAUUAAGCAGUACCUGGAUGGCUCCUUGGACAAGAGCGCAGAGCUCGACGCCGCCGCUCCUGCGUCUGGUCACGCGGCUCCUGACGUCAUCCUUGAUUUGGCGCAGAUGGCCUUGCAGGAGGCCGUAAAUGCUCGCAUCGAUCGCGCCCUGGCAGCCCGACACGCCCCUGCAAGUGAAGUGGACAGACUGGCCAGGGAGGCCGCAGACGCCAACAGCGUUCUCGUCUGCACGGGCCCUCCUGGCAGUGGGAAGACACUGGUGGCGGAUCUCUGCAUUCAACGCAGCGUUGCAAGCCACGCCACGGUGCUGUACGCUCUGCCGACAGGGCAGCUGGCUGCCCGUGUUCGACAGCGUCACCCUGGCAUCCACGUGGACACAUGCCACGGCGCCUUUCUACUGCAUCGACCGCGGCAAGAAGCUGUCGGCCUCCUGGUGCCAUACGAUUUCGUUCUUGUGGAUGAAGCCCUACAGCUCAGCGCCGAGCACUUCGAUCGCUUGCUGGAGAUGUGGAACGCCGCUGAUCGGCGACCAUGCUUGCUUUUGCUGGGUGAUCCGUGGCAGCUGCCGAACAUUGACGGCGACUCCCCUGACCAGCACCCCAAGUGGAGGCUGUGUCAGCACUUGCAUCUGAACACAGUGCACCGCUGCAAGGAUUCUGUCCUGGCAGGAAAGCUCAAAACCCUUCGCGUCGGUCAGCUCAGUGGCCACGCCGGCGCUAGCUUCGUGACUCACCAGCUUUGCCGCGGCCACAAGGCGUGGUCGGGCCAUCACGAGCCCACAAGUGAAGACAUUGCCGCAACUUUGCGCUCCACGAACAACUGCACAACCUUCCUCACCUGCACGAAGAGGGGAGCAGGCCUCAUCAAUCAGCACGCCGUGCAGGUCUUGUUCAAGAAUCGGAACAAGCGGGCUCUUGGUCACGUACCUGGCGACUACGAGGACAACCCUGACAACUACCACGACGGCGGAAAGCUACGCGAGGACCGGCCUCCAGAGCCAUCCCACGUCGUCCUCUAUGCAGGCCUCCGCGUCGUGCUCACGAAGAACUUAGACAAAGAACAUCACUUCGUGAACGGCAUGCCCGCCGUUGUGGAGCAUGUGGACUCGGCUGCCAAAUCUGUCGUUGUCCGCACCGACACAGGCCUCAGAUUGCCGAUUUAUCCCUUCACAGACGACGACGUGCCAGUUGGCCGUGUGGUCUACUACCCUCUCCGCUUGGGCUACGCCGGGACCGUUUACAAGUACCAAGGCGCCGAGCUGCCACACGUCACUGUGUGGCUGGAUCGCCCGCGCUGCCCGGCGGCUGGUUACGUGGCCCUAUCCCGUGUGCACUACGACCGGGACUACCUCAUCGGCGGGGUCGUCACCUGCGAAGACUUCACACCGGCCAGACCUGCCGGGUAG